UUCUCGACACCGGCAAUUUCAUCAUCAGAGCUCAGAAUUCCACCUCACACUUAUGGCAGAGCUUCGAUUACCCAACCGACGCCUUGCUCUCCGGGAUGAAGCUUGGCCCCGAACUGAUAACCAGUAUCAACCGUAAUCUCACGGCGUGGCGGAGCAAGUCUGAUCCAUCGCCGGGAAAAUAUGUAUUAGCGAUGGAUCCCAUUGGUGUCCCCCAGCUGGUCAUCCACGAUGCUUCUGGCAGGUGGAUCUGGCGCGGGGGACCAUGGAACGGCUACACCAUCUCCGGCUUCUGCCCUAAAAAAUUACUCUCCGUCGGCCUAUACAAAGACUUCAACCAAUUCUUCUAUUCCACUCCGGUGGAGAUCUACUACUACUUCAACACCAUCGUCGACGCCAUUGCUACACUGACAAUGGAUACAGAUGGGGUAGCCAAGUUAUACGAAUGGAAACCGACGUGGAAGAAGUGGAAUCUCGUGUGGCUAGCACCGAUCGACCCCUGCGAUUUUUUUCCAGCAUGCGGAACCAAUUCCGUCUGCGAUUCGAGCAGCUCGCUGAUGUGCCAGUGCUUUGAUGGCUUUGAACCGAGGAAUCCGUUGAAAUGGAGCCGGGGAGAGUGGUCAGAUGGGUGUGUGAGAGUGGCGGAACUUGGCUGCGGGGUGAAUGGAACCGACGAGUUCAUGGUGGUACGGGGAACGAUGCUGCCGGACACGAGGGAGGCGGUGGCGGAUGUGAGCUUGGGCUUGGAUGGGUGUAGGACAAGGUGUUUGAUGAAUUGCUCGUGUAAGGCUUAUGCAGGUGUUCAUCUUAGCGGUGGAGGAAGUGGGUGCUUGAUUUGGAUGGCAGAGAUUAAUGAUCUUAGAACCUCUGCGAGCGAAAGUCCGCAGGAUAUCUACGUCCGGGUGGCGUCACGCCUUAACAAUUCUGACGGGAGCAAAAGAAAGAUAUGGAUUUUUGUCACAACAACAGCAAUUUUAUUAUUCUUUCUGAUAAUUUUGAUCUUAGCCAUCUUGGUGAUAAGAAAACGGAGAAGCAUAGUAUCCUCUCUAAAUUGGGUUGAUGAAAUCAUGGGCAAAUUGGAAGCCGAUAUGAAAGGGAGUUCAAAAAUUUCAUUAUUUCAAUUUAGUCAAUUAGAGAGUGCCACAAACAACUUCUCAGUUACCAACAAACUUGGAGAAGGUGGUUUCGGUCCUGUUUAUAAGGGUGAGUUACCAGAUGGACUACAAAUAGCCAUCAAAAGACUGUCUGCAAGAUCAGGUCAAGGAUUUGAGGAGUUAAAAAAUGAGAUAUUAUUAAUUGCUAAACUGCAACACAGGAAUUUAGUAAGAUUAUUGGGUUUCUGUAUUCAUGAAGAAGAGAAGAUGUUGAUAUAUGAAUUCAUGCCUAAUAAGAGCUUGGAUCUCUGGCUUUUCAAUGUUGAGCAUGGAUCAAAACUAGAUUGGAUGAGUCGAUUUGAAAUAAUCGAAGGAAUAGCUCAAGGGCUUCUUUAUCUUCAUAAACACUCAAGAUUAAGAGUCGUUCAUCGGGACUUAAAGGCGAGCAACAUUCUAUUGGAUGCUGACAUGAACCCCAAGAUCUCAGAUUUUGGCAUGGCAAGAAUUUUCGACUCUGACGAAAUCCAAGCAAAUACUCGAAGGAUUGUCGGCACCUAUGGUUACAUGUCUCCAGAAUAUGCUUUCAACGGUCUCUUUUCAUUCAAGUCUGAUGUGUUUAGCUUUGGAGUGCUUCUCCUCGAGAUUGUGAGUGGAAAGAGAAAUGCUUCCUUUUAUGAAAUUGAUUCUCCCUAUAAUCUCCUUUCAUACGCUUGGGAGUUAUGGAAAGAUGGAACAUGGAUGGAGCUUGUGGAUCCUGCAUUAGGUAACAAAUUUCGACAUAAUGAUGUAGCAAGAUGCAUCUAUGUGGCGCUUCAGUGCGCACAAGAAAGCCCCGAUGAUCGUCCUUUCAUGUCUGAUGUUAUCUCCAUGCUCGGCAAUGAAAGUUUAUAUUUCAAUCAUAUCAAGCAACCUGCUUUUUUCAUCAUGAAGAAUGCUUCAGAGUCUAAAUGGCCACCAAAAUCACAAGUAAACUAUUCUUGUAAUGGCCUUACUCUUUCAAGUAUUACAGGCCACAGCACCGCAAUUAUUGGUAACCCUGAAAGGAUGGCACAGCUGAUACUUUCUCCGACACUCUUCUUCUUCCUGGCCUCCUUCUCCUUCUUUUCCUCCAUCUCCUCCGCCGGAGAUACACUCAGUCCAUCUCAUCACCUCUCUCACGGCGAAACCCUAGUCUCCGCAAACGGAACCUUCGCACUCGGCUUCUUCACCCCUCCGAACACUACCAACCGCUAUAUUGGCAUUUGGUACCACAAUCUCGCCGUCCAUACCGUCGUCUGGGUUGCAAAUCGCCGGAAUCCAAUCCCCAAUCUUAAUGCAACACUCUCCCUCACUGCCGACGGUGCAUCUCUUUAUUUAGUGAUCUCCGGUAACUCUAAUCACUUUUGGUCUACCCCUCCCUUUCCCAAUUCCAUCUCCGAUCCAAUUGCCCAACUCCUCGAUACCGGAAAUUUUGUCGUGAAAUCUACCAGCUCAAACUCUAUCUUAUGGCAGAGUUUCGACCAUCCGACAGAUACAUUGCUUCCCGGUAUGAAGUUUGGUCCCAAUCUGAAAACUGGCAUCGACCGCAAUCUUACAUCGUGGCGGAGUCCAUCCGAUCCGUCGCCCGGAAAAUAUACAUUAGCAAUGGAUCCUAUAGGCGUUCCACAGCUGGUGAUCCGCGAUUCCUCUGGCAGCUGGAUCUGGCGUGGCGGACCAUGGAAUGGCUUCGGGUUCUCUGGCGCCGGCCCAGAUCAUUUCUUUGAUCUCGCCCUCUACAGAGAGUUCAGCUCAACUUUCAAAUCCACUCCAGAGGAGAUAUACUACAGCUACAGCGCGGUCGAUAACGUCAUUUCUCGGGUGAACAUGCAUCAAAACGGGACAGACAGACGGUACUUAUGGAAAGCGUCAUCGCAGCAGUGGAAUCUCGAAUGGUCAGCACCGAGCGACGCUUGUGACUUCUUUCCUGCUUGUGGAACCAACGCCGUCUGUGACUUGAAAAGCUCGCCGAUAUGCCGGUGCCUUGAUGGGUUUGAUCCGAGGAAUUCGAUAAGUUGGAGCCAGGGAGAUUGGUCAGAUGGGUGUGUCAGAGUGGGAGCGCUUGGCUGCGAGUCAAAUGGAACCGAUGAGUUCAUGGUGGUGCGCGCUUCUAAACUGCCGGACACGACGGAAGCGAUAGCGGAUAUGAGCUUGGACUUAGAUGGUUGUAGGGCAAGGUGUUUGUUGAACUGCUCAUGCAAGGCUUAUGCGAGCGCUGAUCUUACCAGGGGAGGAAUUGGCUGCAUUAUUUGGAUGGCGGAGAUUAAAGAUCUGAGAGUUUAUGUGAACGGCGGGCAAGAUCUCUACGUCCGGGUUACGCCAAAAGGCAAAGGGAGGAGCGAGAGAAAGUUAUGGAUUUUUAUCGUAACAUCAGUAGCUUUUGUGCUGUUCGUUCUAAUAGUUUUGAUGUGCGUCUUUAUGACAAGAAGAAGAAAACACAAGGAAGAGCAACCAUCGAUUUCCUCUGCAAAUUAUGAUCAUAAAAUUAUGCAUAAAUUUGAAGCUGGUAGAGAAGGAAAUUCAGAAAUAUCAUUGUUUAAAUUUUCUCAAAUUAUGAGUGCUACAAACAACUUUUCUGAUAAGAGCAAGCUUGGAGAAGGUGGUUUUGGGCCUGUUUAUAAGGGCAAAUUAUCAGAUGGAGAAGAGGUGGCGAUCAAAAGAUUAUCUACUACAUCUCAGCAAGGGUUAGAGGAGUUCAAAAAUGAAAUUUUAUUAAUUGCUAAACUUCAACACAGAAAUUUAGUGAGAUUAUUAGGCUGUUGUAUUCAUGGCGAAGAGAAGAUGCUGAUAUAUGAACUCAUGCCUAAUAAAAGCUUGGAUCUCUUGCUUUUCGAUAUUGAAGAAGGUUUUAAAUUAUAUUGGGAAAGACGUUUUCAAAUAAUCGAAGGAAUAGCUGAGGGGCUUCUUUAUCUUCAUAAGCACUCCAGAUUAAGAAUCGUUCAUCGGGAUUUAAAAGCGAGCAAUAUUCUCUUAGAUGCUGAGAUGAACCCUAAGAUCUCAGAUUUCGGCUUGGCGAGAAUUUUCGAUUCUAAUGAUACCCACCAAGCAAACACUCGAAGAGUUGUUGGCACCUUUGGCUAUAUGUCUCCAGAAUACGCUUUUAAUGGUCUUUUCUCUGUCAAGUCGGAUGUUUUUAGCUUCGGAGUUCUGCUUCUCGAGAUUGUGAGUGGGAAAAAAAAUGCUGGUUUUCAUGAAUCUGAUUCUUGGUGUAAUCUUCUUGCUUAUGCUUGGGAUCUAUGGACAGAAGGAAAUUGGAUUGAAUUUGUGGAUCCCGCAUUAAAUAAUAAUUUCAGGCAUGACGAAGUGGCAAGAUGCAUAUAUGUGGCUCUUCUAUGCGUACAGGAGAGAUCAGAAGACCGCCCUGUUAUGUCUGACGUUGUCACUAUGCUCAGCAGUGAGAGUUUAUGCUUCGAUAGCAUUAAGCAACCAGCAUAUUUCGCCAUGAACAAUGCUUCAGAUUUUGUACGGCCUUUAAAGGUAAAUAUUUCUUCUAACGCCCUCUCUUUCUCGAUUAUUGCAGGCCGUUAACUGUAGGCUUUUUUGUGCUGUAAAUUUUGUAAUUUAGAUUAAAAAAUAUGUAAAUAUGUUAGGGCUAGUUUGAUGCUAUAUCCAGCAGAGCUAAUUUAAUUGAAGCUGAUAGAGAUGAGUUACUAUAUUAGCUGCAAAAUUUUGUAGGAAUUUGUUCUGUACGAGUUAUGUUAUGAAAAUUCUGUUUUUUAAGGUGCAUUUACAUAAAUACC